AUGCCAACAGAUUUUUUCCAUGGUCAUUGCAUAAAUGCAACAGCUGAAAAAUGUGGACUUUAAUAAUCACUAAAAGUAAAUAUUGAGGAUAUACCAGGGUCUAUUUAAACCAGCAAUAUCUCAGUCUCUCAAAAAUCUGCUUGUGCUUAUCAAUUUUAUCAUAGAACAAAUGGCUUUCUUAGAUUUGGUGGUCAGGAACUAGAUUUAGAAAUUGACAAACUAGAAAAUUUAGAGAUUAUUGUAGCAUCAGGCAGUGAUGCAUCAACACUUACAUAAUUGUACAAUACUUCAGAUAUAGUUGUUGAUGAUUGGAUUAAAUUUAAAGUGACUGAAUGGAUCUAUGUGGCAGUUUACCCAAAAGCAAACUCAAUUAAAAAUUCGUUUCAUUUGAAUUAUAAGAAAGAGGAUGUACUUCCAGUGAGAAGAAAAUAUAGUGAACAACUCAUUGCCAAUGAUAUGCAAUUAGGUAUCACUUUAGGCGGUCUUGCUUUAUUCUUGAUCAUACUGUUCUUAAUUUACUUGAAAAAAAGAAACGAUAAGAGAAAGAAGUAAAAUAUAGGUUCAAAUUCAGGGAGUCUUAAUAACAGCAGACUAGAGGGAGGGCAUUCAAUUAAAGCUAAGGAUAAUGAGAGAUAAUACUCAAAAGUAUUAGACAAGAGCAAAGAUUAUGAUGAAAAUGCACUUUCAUUCAGAUGA